GAUUUCAACCUGCCUGGUUCCUCUGCAGGACGAGGCAGCCGUUCUGUCAACGACACUACAGGACAGUACAGGUUCCAAACAUACGGACCAACGCGAACCUCCGCGCCCCAUCACAUUUAAAAGUCUAGUGCUUCUCUCAGCUCUUCAGUCUCGCAUACAAAUGAAAUAACAGUAUUUUUUUUUUUUUUGGGAAAUAGACUAGUAGUACUCGGUGUAAAAGAAUUAAUUUAUUCGGUGUAUAAUAGUUACCGUCUACGAGUAAGCAAGUAAUUAGUCGUUGAUUCGGCAACUGCUGCAACAUUACAUUAAUGUAGGUUCAGCAAAUGACAAUAGGUAACGAACACUACAAAGUUUGAGCACUUCUAAGUAUACAGCAUACAAAUGACGGAUCAAUCUGUGACCGCCAUCGGGAGAGUGAAGUUGCGAGAGAAAUGCGAACUGUAGCGUCACCUAGUGACAAAACAUCAAUUCGCGGUCCUGCAGAUCGAUUGAUCGCGCCUGGCUUCUGUUCCGCGUCGUCACGUGCGACUGCUCCGGUCUGCCGUUACAAGUUGUGUUUGGAGAGAUGGCGGAGGAAGACAGGGAAGCGCGUACGGCCGCAGGUCAGGCGGCGGGCCACGAGCCCGGGGAUGAGGCACGAGUCGGCGUUUCGGACGAAACCGCGGACGGAGGAGCGGAGGGCACGGCGAGCGACCCCGCGGAGGCGCCGCCGAAGGACAGACUCGGUCUCAGGCCGCCCCCGGAGGGCGGCUGGUCGGCCCCCAUCCUGUCGUUCGCACGCCGAGCCACGGAGACGCUGAGCGGAGGAACCGGCGGCUACGGGCAGGUGCUGAGAAACGCGGUGUCUGGUCAGGGUUCGGGUUCGAGUCCCGUUCUGGCUCCUGGUCCGAGUGGCCCGCCCGGGAAACAGCGCCUCCCUACGGCAGACGGUGAUGGCACGAACAGCCAAACCCCUGGACUCGGAAGAGACUCGAUGGCAGUAGAACGUUCCAACCUGCUCAGCAUGAUGAAGCUUAGCGUGAAGGUCCUGAUCCAGUCAACACUGGGCCUGGGCCGUUCGUUGGACUCGGACUACCCACCGCUGCAGCAGUUCUUUGUGGUUCUGGAACACUGCCUCAAGCACGGCCUGAAAGUGAGGAAGAGCUUCAUUGGACAGAAUAAAUCCAUUUGGGGCCCACUGGAGCUGGUGGAGAAACUGUGCCCCGAAUCGGCUGACAUUGCGACUAGUGCACGGGACAUGCCGGGGAUCAAGACUGGCCUGGGCAGGGCACGAGCAUGGCUGCACUUGGCUCUCAUGCAGAAGAAGGUGUCUGACUACAUGAAGGCUCUUCUGGAUCGACGGGAUCUGCUCAGCGAGUUCUAUGACCCUGGAGCCCUCAUGAUGGAAGAGGAAGGGACAGUGAUUGUGGGGAUGUUGGUGGGGCUCAACGUCAUCGACGCAAAUCUCUGUGUGAAAGGAGAGGACCUCGAUACUCAGGUAGCAGUCAUUGACUUCUCACUGUACCUGAAGGACCCCCAGAGCAAUGAGAGCCCCAAGGAUGAUGGGAAGAUGACUGCCAUUUUGGACCAGAAGCACUAUAUUGAGGAGCUCAACCGUCAUUUAAGCUGCACGGUAACGGACUUGCAGGCUAAGAUGGACUCGUUGGAAAAGACAAACUCAAAGCUCAUUGAGGAGCUGUCUGCUGCAACGGAUCGGAUAAAUGCCCUGAAAGAAGAGCAGGAGCAACUGAAGCUGGAGAACCUGUCUAUUCUUCAGAGAAGCAAGCAGAAGCAGGAGGUGACACAACAGGACAACGAAGUGGAGCUGGAGACAUACAGACAAUCCCGGCAAGGACUUGAUGAGAUGUACAAAGAAGUGUGGAAGCAGUAUAAGGAGGAGAAACGGAUCCGCCAGGAGCUUCAGAAGGAGCUGGAGCUGCAGGUAGGCUUGAAGCAGGAGAUGGAGGUGGCCAUGAAGCUGCUGGAGAAAGAUACCCACGAGAAACAGGACACGUUGGCUGCUCUGCGCCAACAGUUGGAUCAGGUCAAGAGCCUCAACCUCCAGAUGUUCCACAAGACACAGGACGCAGAUAGAAUCGUACAGCGGAAAGACGAAGAGGUUCAGCAGCUUGAGGGACGGAUGAGCCACAUGAUGACAGCCAUGAAGGAGCUGGAGGAGAGACUGCAGGCCUCUGAACGCACACGCAAACAGGCUGACAAGAAGGAGAGAGACGUACGGCUCGAGCUUGAGGGGCGAAUUGAUGCCUUGCAGAAGCAGCUUGGAGAUUUGGACAAAUUGAGGCUGGGUCUAGAGUCAGACCUGCGCAGCGAGAAAGAGCAGCGGCAGAGUAUGCAGAAGGAGCUCCGGAGAGAGCAGGACAACAGCACAGAGCUGCGCACGCAACUGCAGCAGCUGCAGGGUCUGCAGAAGGAGUUACAGGACCUCCGGGAGGAAAAGAAGCAACUGCAGCGGACGUGUGAAGAGCAGGAGCAAGCACUUCAGGAGAUGGGUCUGCACCUCAGCCAAUCCAAACUGAAAAUGGAGGAUUUCAAGGAAGUCAACAAAGCCCUGAAGGGCCAUGCCUGGCUGAAAGAUGAUGAGGCCACUCAGUGCAAGCAGUGUCAGAAGGAGUUCUCCAUUGCCCGCAGGAAGCACCAUUGCCGGAACUGCGGAGACAUCUACUGCAGCCAGUGCUCUAGCAAUGAGCUGGCCCUGCCCUCGUACCCAAGACCUGUCCGAGUCUGUGACACCUGCCACACACUACUGUUGCAGAGAAGCUCCUCCACCGGGUCCUGACCAAUGACACCUGUGCCCAAUCAUACACAGAUAUACAUACUCCUACAGAGGGUAUCAUGGGACACACACUUGUCUGCGUAAUCUUGAACGUUGAAACGGGGAGGAAGACGAGCUCAUUAUAAUGUGCACCACGCAGAAAUGUCCUGCUAGCAUCAGAACAACCAUUCGCUACCAUGUUACAAGCAGGAAAAAGGGGAUAAUUUUCUUAUAGCUUUAUAGAAAACUAAUUGAUCAAUAGCAUUUCAGGCUCAUCUAAUCAUUAGACACAUCUGGCAUCUACUUUAAGGGGAAAUGGUCUGGUUAUCUUUAUACUAAUAUGCUUUAUUGGAAAUAAUUUUGUCGUUCCGUUUAAAUUCUCUGACCUGAACUAAUUCUAUGGCAGUUUAAUUAUGUGCUACUGUGCAAGUUCAUGGGGGUGUCAGAGUGGUUCUCAGGACUGUUAGAAAGGCUGAAUCUGUCUUUUUGCCCCCAUAGUACAGUUCUUGUGCCUUUGAAAAUCAUCUAAAAUCAGCUUUUUCAAAUUGAUUUUUAUAAGAUUAAUAGAUUAUAAUUCCAGUGGAAAUAAAAUAUUUCAAAUCCUAUAUAAAAUAUAUUGUUUUAAUGAAUUAAGUCCAGUGCAUUCUGCACUUGAGAGAUUUUGCAGGCCCUUUGCUAUUCUACGUGCUUCGAUGAGCUUUGGUUUUGCAGGUUUUCAGACUGCCUGUGGGCUGAUUUAGGUUAACUGUCAGGAAUUACAUCGACCAGGGGAGAGUUUAUCAGAGACCUUGGAAACCUGUGCAAGAUGUUUCGCGCAGCUGCACUGUAAUGUAAAUGUUUAUGCAUAUAGUUUGUGUAUAUACUUAAAGUGAAUGUGGAAAGCAUACAUGAUGCAGAUUGUAUACAUUUAAAUUGUAUGUACUACAAAAAUGCUGUAAGAGGAAAAAAGUCACAUAAAUUCCCUUUUAAGACAACUGAGAUGGAACCCUGGUUUCUAUAAAAAAGACUGGUUAUGAUGACCCAACUUGAAAUAAGUAGAUCACGAUUUUAAAAGCUUUUUCCUACAAAUUAGAGCUCACAGAUGCAACAUAAAUGUUUAAACCACCUGAAGUCAGUAUUUUGGCAUAGAAGCUUGUAAAGCAAGCAGUUACAUACCAGCAAGACGGCUGAAAAUUAUCACUGGCUGUUUUAACGUUAGAAUGACUGCCAAAUGUGGUGUGAUCACUUGUCAAAUAUUUACUUCAAAUUUUGACGCAAACGUUUUUCAAAACAUAUUCACUACCUUUAAAUAACUGGUGCGAAAACCGUAACAGCCAGGAGCUAAAAAUGUGUAUUUUAAAUCUGUAUCCUUACCUGUUGAGUUACAGUAUUUGUUGUAAUUUUAGUUCUAAUCAAAGCCAUUUUCAGAACGGUUACGCAUGCUCUGACCACUUUUCUAUUAUACAUUUUAUAUGCCACAGUUACUGAAGGUACUUG